AUGUGUCAUGAAGUGGGAUCUAAACAUGAUACUCUGGUUCUUCAUACAGAGAUACGCUGGUUAUCGACAGGUAAACUCCUGCAGACAUUUUAUGAGGUUAAAAACGAGCUGUCAAAACUCUUUAGCACUGAAAACCCAGAUUUUGCUGCGUAUUUGAACGAUAUAUUUUUUGCUGAUAUAUUUUAUCAUUUAAACUGCUUAAAUGAAAGUAUUCAAGGAAAAGAAGAAAAUGUCCUGACCUCAAGUGAUAAAUUUAAAGGGUUCUUAAAGAUACUACAAGUUUUGAAACGGCAUGUAGAAAAUAAAAGUUUAAAGAUGUUUCCUUUAAUUAUUGAUAUAGAUCCUCAGGGGGACAUAACCACUCAACUAGUUUUAAAUCACCUAAAAGGUCUUGAGGACAGCAUGGACCAGUAUUUCCCCCUAUCUCAGUUGGCAAGUAUGAUUGUGUGCGCAAUCUUUACUCUACUUCGGCAGAAUCAACAGAUGAUCUAUCUCUUGAGAAAGAAGAACAGAUGGCAGAAACUCAGGAGGAUAGAACACUACGACUGA